ACAUCGUCAAACUUCGGGCACAUAUUUCCUGCCUUACGGGAAAAUUUCUGGAGGCUAAAAGCUACCAGCCAGGACUACCAGCCAAUGUCUUAAAAAGUACACAACUUGUUGAUACUUGAACAAGUUCCUUUCGAUCAGCGCAUCGUGUGCAGAGAAGCCGCAAUGGCCGUGGACCAGUUUUAUUCGAAAAUAUCCGUGGAUGUGGAGCGAAAUGAUGAGAUUCUGGAAAAAGCCAAAGAGUUAGAUGCUCAGUUCCAGGAACCCGGAGUUGAAAUUGAUAGUCACUGGACACCUUAUACUAUUAAAGUGGUUCAAGGCAUACCUGUCGACCGCCUCGUCGUAUUUCGUCCUCAUGAGUCAAACAAACUAUUGGGAUGUAUCAGAGUAUACAGAGCCGGGACAACAACGAAGUUAUGGGAUGUGUUUGAAACGGAUGGCAUAUUUAUUGGCAAAGUUCCGAAGGACUGUGCUUUCGAGGCGAUGUUGGUGCAGGUGAAGAUGCUCACACUGAGGAACCAUGAGAGUUGAAAAUCACUGGCAGAUUAUACUCAUCGCCCUUCAAAGCUGCCUCGGUUCUAGGAAUAGACAAGACAAGUGACGCGACACGAUCUUGAGUGGGAACUGUGAUGAUCGCUGAGUGCUGAGGAUUAUUUGAGUUCUUGUGGAGCUGAUAGAAGAUAUCCAAGAGCUCCGGUGGUACCGCAAAUGCCACCUCGAGUGGUUUUCCUGUUUCGAAGAGGGAUUCGUUUCUGUUGUACAUACUCAAGCGUUGCAUGCUGUUAUUUUCUGCAGUCCCUCGUGGUUGAGUUGCAUCACGGAUUCCGGGAUUGGGCAUCGUUUGAAUGACGCUCUCGAUAGACUCCAUGUCACCCUCAGGAUCAUGAUGUUGGCCUUAAUAUGAGAGACGCCUUCCAGG